UUGCAGCAGCGCGGCUCAGGCUCUGUGCCGGGAAAGCACCUGGGCAGGCAGCCCAGUCCACCGUGCUCCUCCCCGGGCUGAGGAGGGACAGGAUAGCCGCCUCCCCCUUAGAGGCUGGUAGUGUCAGGGGAGGAAGUCAGUCAGUGUGGUCACGGCAGGAGGUGGUGUGCUGCUGCCCUAGAUACGGACUGUAAUCACCGGUGUACGGAGCAGCCAGGAGGGGGGACAGCAGUAUACAUAGUGCUGCCCGGGGAGAUGAGCAGUGGCCGGCUGUACAGGUGAAAGUGAAGUUUGAGUUGCAGCUAUUUCAGCAAUAAUGGAGUUGGAUAAGCCAUCAGUAUGGGGAUCUCUGAAAGAAAAGACUCGACCUUUACUUCAGAAUUUAUCAAUUAAGAAAACUAGGAAGAGCUCACAAAAAAUACUAGCUAUCCGGAAAAGGCACCUACUUUCCCAGCGGAUGAGCGUCUCUGUGCCGAACAUGAUGGAGAUUGGUGGAACUAUUCAGGAAGAAAGUGAUUUAACAGAUUAUUCGUAUGAUUCUACCUCUGUUUCAAACAGCCAGUCAUCUCCACUGAUGCCACGCAGCAGGCCGAGGGAGUAUGUCAAACAUUCUAAAGAAAGCAGUAGCUGGGUGCACGAGGACAGUGUCCAUAUGGAAUUUACUGUUACGGAGACACAAGUUAUGGAUUUAUCAGACUCGGAAACGAAAGCGGAAGAGGAUGAAAACUAUGAGGAUGAUCAAGACAUAUUAGAUUUGCUACAUAGAGAAUGCAUGUCUGACACUGCGUUCGAUAAGAAGCAGAACGUCGCUGAGGAUGGGACGGAAAGUAUUGAUCUGAACUCUUCAAUAUCCUCACAGUACUCAGAAGAGCUUGGUGGCCUUGAAAACUAUGACCGUGUGACCAAUCUUCCGAAUCUCAUGUCUUACCUGCUGACUAUCCACUUGAGAGAGGGCCGGAAUCUUGUCAUCAGGGAUCGCUCUGGUACUAGUGAUCCUUACGUAAAGUUCAAACUCAACAAGAAGACCUUAUACAAGAGUAAAGUCAUCUACAAAAAUUUGAAUCCAGUUUGGGAUGAAACGUUUGUGUUGCCUAUCCAAAAUCUUGAACAAAAGCUACACCUCAAGGUUUACGAUCGCGAUUUGACAACUGAUGACUUUAUGGGAUCUGCUUUUCUAUGUCUUCAAGAACUGGAACUAAAUAAGGCUGUGGAAAAAGUGUUCCGCUUGGAAGAUCCCAAUAGCUUAGAGCAAGACAUGGGGGUGAUUGUGGCAGAUAUCAGUCUGUCCAUCAGGAUGCGAGACAUGAAAAAUAAUCAACGAUGGUCCUCACGGAAAAUGCUUGGGGCUUCCAAGGCAACCUCCAUGCAGUCCCUGCAGUUAUCAGAGUCCCUAAGAAAGAGCCAGCUCUGGAAUGGAACAGUCAGCAUCACUUUGCUGGAAGGGAUUAACCUCCCUGAUGCAGGUGCCUUAGAUUCCUUUGUAAGGUUCCGGCUCGGUGAUCAAAAGUACAGAAGUAAGACACUGUGUAAGCGUGCGAACCCUCAGUGGAGAGAGCGCUUUGAUUUUCACUACUUCUGUGACAGGAUGUUGAUAUUGGAGAUUGAAGUAUGGGGAAAAGAUAGCCGCAAGCAUGAUGAACUGCUGGGGAUGUGCAAAGUAGAUCUUGCUGGAUUGCCCAGUGAGCAGAUCAAUCGCCUAGAAGUGCCUCUGGAAAAUAACCAAGGCUCCAUACACCUGAUGAUUGCUCUUACACCCUGCACAGGGGUCUCCAUUUCUGACCUGUGUGUGUGUCCGCUGGCGGACCCAGGGGAGAAGGAACAGAUUGAAGAGAGAUAUUGCUUCAAAAACUCUUUCCAGAACAUGAAAGACAUUGGCUUCCUGCAAGUCAAAGUAUUAAAAGCAGAAGAUCUCCUCGCUGCAGAUUUUUCAGGUAAAAGCGACCCUUUCUGUGUCUUGGAGGUAGGGAAUGAUCGAUUGCAGACUCACACUGUUUACAAAAACCUCAAUCCAGAAUGGAAUAAAGUCUUCACAUUUCCAAUUAAAGAUCUUCAUGACGCACUAGAGGUAACGGUGUUUGAUGAAGAUGGAGAUAAGCCGCCUGAUUUUCUUGGGAAAGUUGUGAUUCCUUUGCUAUCUGUGAGGAAUGGACAGCAAGUGGCUUAUUUAUUAAAGAACAAAGACUUGGCCAGUGCUUCGAAAGGAGUGAUAUAUUUAGAAAUUGAUCUCCUUUUUAAUCCAGUCAGAGCGAGUAUUAGGACAUUUAACCCAAGAGAAAAGCGGUUUGUAGAAGAUAACCCAAAGCUUUCAAAAAAGAUCUUAUCGAGGAAUGUUGACCGCGUUAAAAAAAUCACUAUGGCAAUCUGGAACACAAUGCGUUUCAUUAAUAGCUGCUUUCUGUGGGAGUCUACCAAAAGAAGUGUAAUAGCAUUUUUGAUAUUUGUGAUAACACUAUGGAAUCUGGAACUUUAUAUGAUACCUCUGUUCCUGCUACUCCUCUUUGCUUAUAACUUCACAAUGGUCACAACGGGGAAGGUCAGCACCCAAGACAACCUGGAGGGGAUGGAUAUUGGUGAGGACGAUGAGGAUGAUGAAAAAGAGUCUGAAAGAAAAAGCAUAAGAGACCGAAUUCAGAUGGUACAAGAUAUCGUUAUUACGGUUCAGAAUAUUCUAGAAGAAAUUGCCUGUUUUGGGGAACGGAUAAAAAACACAUUUAAUUGGAGUGUUCCAUUCCUCUCCCUUCUUGCCUGUUCCAUACUCUUGGUUGCAACAAUUCUUUUGUAUUUUAUACCUUUAAGAUACAUCAUUCUUAUUUGGGGCAUCAAUAAAUUUACAAAGAGGCUUCGGAACCCAUACGCUAUAGACAAUAAUGAGUUUUUAGAUUUUCUCUCCAGGGUACCAUCUGAUGUUCAAAAGGUGCAGUAUGUCGAAUUGAAACCUAGUGGCAACCAAGGUGCCUUUAAGAAAAAGCGAGGUGGCUUGUAACAGAAAACCGUAUUACCAAACUUCUCGGGUUUUGUAUUGGUAAAAUCAUGCACUAAUAAACAACGCAAGCCCUGGACUUCACUGAUCUCACCUUAAGGACAAGGCAUGGGGUGCUGGAUACCCCUAGAGACCUGCUGUCUCAGCUGUGUCAAAGACCACACAAUUUAGCUGACUGGUUUCAGUUAAACCUAUACCAUGUACCAAGGAUUUGCCAGCAGGAAUUUGGAAUAAAAUUGUUAAGCACAAACUGAAUUGGAAAUUAAGGAGUGUGUGUUAUUAAUGUUUUGUUGGUCAGUUUUUCUGUUUGUCUUUUGGUGGGAGGGUAAGAAAAAAAGACAAAGGUACUUGAUAAUUUGUGACAACGGUCUCAAAGAUUUAUUCUAGUGGACCCUAAGAUAUGUUUGUUUAUUGUGGCUAAAAAACUUCUACAUCAACAAAAUAGUCUAUGUAAUGCGAUUCAUACUUCUCACCAUGUAUACAGUCUUGAAAGUAUGUCUUUCACAAUCAGGUGUCAUUUUGUGCUUGCUGAAAUCUCCCUUUCCGGCUCCAUACUUGAUGCAAUAUGCUUUUGUACAUUACAUGCCAGUGUGUAAGCAAAAAAUAUAUUUAUUUGAAGUUACUGUAACUGGUUGAAUCCGAUAUUAUUUUCUUAGAAAAAAAAACUAUUGCAUUUGCACCUUACUGCCAAACUGUACAUAGCAAUAUAAAAUACAUUUGUAUAUUUAUAUAAUCCGUUUCUAGCACUUUUCAGCACACUACAAAAAUCAUAUGAUGCGGUCUUCACAAAUAUGUUGUUCUAGUGUCAGUGGUGGAAACCACCCUAGUCUAAAGGUAGUUCUAUUAGAAAGGUGCCACACAAGCAGAAUAUAGAGGCUGAAAUAUAACUAAAUAACCUUGAUAAGAAGCUAGUUUUAAACUGUGGCAUUAAUACACAGAUUUUUUUAAUGCUUUUUUAUCCAAAGACUUUCUAGAAUUUAUAGUAGUUCUCAAUUUGUGGAACAUUAGAUACCAGUGCCAAAGAUUCUUAAUUUUAUAUGUUAAAACUAGAAUAUCUUUAAUGUGUGUGUAAUUUCUUACUAAAGCAACCAAUAUCUGAGAUGUUCACAUACACUAAUGCUCAGGAUUACUCUUCUGUUUCUGGAUUAUGAGUGAAUUGAUCUAGAAUUACUUUCCAUGGUGUUAAAUUUGAGUUAAAUCUAGGUACGUUUCAGUCAGUAGCCUGCAAAGGAUUGUGUUGGGUUAUACGUAAAUCCAUGUUAUACUGGUCGCUCUGUAUAAUCUGUACACAAUCUAAUGUUACAAUUUAUGUUUAAAAUAACUGCAUUUCAGAUUUUGUUUGUCAUUGCAAUCAAGGGAAAUUUUAUUAUUGCAUUUUAUAUUGAUUUACUACUACUGGUCACGUGUUCUUUGUAAGACACUGACUCCCUGACUCCUUACAGUAUGUCUAAAACAAUCUUCCUUUAAAAUUGUAGUCUGUUAAUAAUUGUUAAAAGGCAUUUAUAAUUGUAGGUGUAUAUCUUUGUUUCUGGUUAGAAUUGUAUUUUUGUAUAAAAUAAAAAUAUUUUGUUGUAAAUAUUAUACAUGUGACUCAGUGAAACUAUAUUAAAAGAAAAAAUUGUG